AUGGAGACCGAAAAGCCAGCACGACAUGACCUGAUUACAACGAUCAAUUACUACAAAGACCUAGGAGACGGGAGUGCUCCAACACCGGUCUACGUUGGGAAGGACCAAGUCACUAACAAGCGACUCAUGCUGCCUGUCACCACCACCGUUACCGACGUGACGGGGGAUGACGUUGAGAAGAGCUUCACGCUUGAUCAAAACGGGUUUCAGUACCUGAAGCACGUUAGCGAGUUGGCGCGAGAGGAAUUCGCGGACGAAGAGAAGAUCCAAAGGGAGUAUUUCGCCGAUUGCGAGGGAUUCCUGAAGGAGGUCACCGGUGCAUCCCGCGUCUUCGCCUUUGACCAUCGGGUCCGCCGCGGCCCUUCCGACUGGCAUGAGAUUCCCGCGUACAACGUGCGGCACCGGGGCCCGCUGCACCGCGCACACGUGGACCAGUCAUACGCCGGAGCGGAGAUGGUGUUGCGGGAGAAGGUACCCAAUCCGGACGAAGUGGGAACACUGAUGCAGAGAAGAUGGGGAAUUGUUAAUAUCUGGCGGCCCAUCAAGCCCAUCCACAAAGACCCUCUAGCCCUCUGCGACGCCCGUACCGUGUCCGAUGCCGACCUCGUUCCGGCAUCUAUCAUUCUCAAAGGCGGACAGCGCAGGGAGUCUUGGACGGUCAAGGCCAACCUAGAACAUCGGUGGUACUUCAAGUACCAACAACAGCCGGACGAGGUGGUGCUGAUCAAGUGCUUUGAUAGCGACAGUUCCCCAGGGAUGGCGAGGAGGGCACCGCAUUGCGCCGUUGAGGAUCCAGAUGCUAGAGAGAAGGAUUGGAGGGAGAGCGUUGAAGUUCGGUGUCUCGUUUUCUGGUGA